CCACUUACAACGCUGCUUAUUCUUCUGCCUACCAAGCCACGUAACGAUGCAAUCCAACAACACCAACACAAACCAUGCAAGUCAAUUUGUAGUUGCCUGGCAAAGCGUCUGCCAAGAUUGAUAGUCUUUGUGCGGCUGAAAUCAAUCCUUCUGAGCUGCAUGUCACCAGGUGAUGUUAUCUGCAGGCUUUACAUAGGCUUAUAUGUCCUUGACCAACUGUGCAGCCUGGCAUGAGUAUAUAUGUGUCUUGCUUACCACAAACUUCUGACCAUCUGUGCCCGUGAUAACACCUUUAACUUCGACUGGAAAAUCCACAGUAACUAACCAACGCCAACAUGGAUGCUGAAAUUCUUGCAAACAUGGACCGAUGUCCCAUGUACGCCGUAUGUAGCCCUUUACCGAAGAAAAACCCACUUCUGAUCACAUAUGGACAGUCCUUCUUUGGCGCAAUUGGUUGCGCGUGUUCCAUCGUCUUCACAACAUUCGGCGCAGCAUACGGCACCGCAAAGUCCGCCGGCGCAAUCUUCCAAUCUGGCAUCCUCCGCCCCGACAUGAUGAUGCAAAACACGUACGAUGAGAUGAACUCAAUGUUGAUCCUGUCCAUCUACGGUCUCGUAGCAAGCGUCAUCAUGUCCAACAACAUCAAGGAGAAGAUGGCUAUCCACACGGCGUUUCUGCAGCUCGGUGCUGGCAUUUCGGUAGGGCUGUGCGGCAUGGCUGCUGGCUUUGCUAUUGGCAUCGUUGGCGAUGCCGGAGUUCGUGCAAGUUCGCAGCAACCACGUCUCUAUAUCGGAAUGGUCCUCAUCCUCAUCUUUGCCGAGGUUCUAGGCUUAUACGGUGUCAUUGUGUCCAUCCUUAUGUUAACUCGUUCCACCGAUGGUGUAACCGAAUGCAGGUAUUAA